AUGAGCGGAGAGAUUGAUGCCGUCUACAUUUAUGACGAGCUCAACCCGCCCGCCCUCGGCGGCCGCGAUCCUACCCCUCUACCUUGCCCAUGCCGCCCUCGCCCCUCCUUGCUGUACAUUCCCAACGCCUCACCACCGGUGACAGUGUUUUCGAUUGUUCAAUCGAACCUGCUCUUCCUUGCCGUGUCUGAGGUGGACACGGAGCCGCUCUUAGCCUUGGAAUUCCUGCAUCGAGUAGUCGACGUAUUGGAGGAGUUUGUGGGCGCGCCGCUGCUUGCGAGCAAGAUUCAGGCCAACUAUGAGGUGGUUGCGCAGCUGCUCCAUGAGAUGUGCGAUGGGGGAAUAGUAUCCAAUACGGAGCUCAAUGCUUUGCAAGAGGUUGUUGAGGUGCCCGGGUGGAUGGGUAAGCUUCUCAGCGGGAUAAGUAUGCCUGGGACAUCAACACCGACAUCAGGACCUACAAACCCUCUGAAAAAAACACUCGCCGCUGCUAGCGCUGCCCAAGGACCCGCGAUACCAUGGCGACGGUCAGGAGUACGACACACAUCAAAUGAGCUAUACGUUGACAUUAUUGAAUCUCUCUCCGUGACUAUGGCCCCAUCUGGGCGAUUACUCUCUGCAAUGGCAUCUGGAACUAUUGCAUUCACUGCAAAGAUAUCCGGUGUUCCUGACAUGCUCCUAUCAUUAUCAGCGCCCGGAGGUCAGCAAUCGCUUGCUCGGAAGAUCGAAUUGCCGGUUUUUCACCCGUCUGUCAGACUUGCUCGCUGGCGAGAAAAGCCCGGGGAGCUUAGCUUCAUACCUCCUGACGGUCGAUUCAUUCUGGCUGGUUAUGAGGUUGAUCUUCUUCCGAUAGACCCUGAUCUAGACGAGCCACCGAGUCACAUGGAGAAGCUGUUUUUGCCUGCCAUUGUAGACAUUCGCAAAUCACUUGGGCCAUCCGGCUCAGAUUUUGAGGUCAGGUUGACUUUGAAUACCAACUUCCCGGGUAAUUCCUCGAAGCCAACGGUCCCACGGAACGGAUCAGGCUCAUCAACACCAUCCUUUUUAAGCGGUGGAAUCAGCAACUCAAGUGGACCUGUCCUGGAAGAAGUAGUUGUCAGCGUGCCGAUUUCCCAAUCCGUCCGGCACAUUACAGACAUGCAAGCUAGUCGUGGUGAUGCCCAGUACUCUCGCAGCACGGGUCUACUCGAAUGGCGGGUCCCCACGACCCGUGAAGCUGGAAGCGUUUCAGGCACUGCGACUCUUCGAUGUUCGGUUGCAGGCUAUCCAACGGGUGAUGAGGAACAUGAUGACAGCCUCGAGGACGACGAAGAGGCCAAUGCAAACCUUCUUCAAGGCUAUUACGAAACCCCUACAUCUUACAGCGAUCCGUCCGCAGGCACCACCAGAAAGCACCGCGACCCCUCCAAGAAGAAGAAAAAGAGGAGGAAGGACAAGGAAAAGGGAUCUAAGAAAUCAUCUCGAUCUGCCGCUCUCCUUGAAGAAACAGUCGAAGGCGAAACUGAAAGCCCCGGUGAAGGAACUUCAGACGCACUAGAUAAAGCCAAAACCCCAUCUCCGAACCAUUCCAAACCUCAAACGCCUACUCCUCCUUCACAACCUCUACAGCCAUCUCAACUUCCCACGUUCUUCACACCUUCAACCACAUCUCGCCCUGGGCCGCGCAGAACCAAAGCUCAAAUCAAUUCUAGCCUUAUGCCCAACUCUGCCUCUGUCUCCUUCUCUGUCCGAGGAUGGCUUCCAUCUGGUAUCAAGGUGGAAAGCCUGAACAUUGAUCAGCGCCGGAGUCGAGGGCUAGGUGACAGUGUCAAGCCGUACAAGGGAGUAAAAUAUCUCUGCGUCAGUCGGCGUGGUGUCGAGCGACGCUGUUGA